GCUUUUUUUGGUUUCGGUCAAGCAGCAGAAAUUUCAAUAAAAUUAGAUGAUGCAGAUUCAAGAAAGACAGCGAAAAUACGUGGAGAAGAUGGUGGUCAAGAGACACACUAUUUGUAUUAUGAUGGUGAAUCGGUGUCGGGUACGGUGAAUAUCACGAUUAAAAAGAAACUGGAUCAUCAAGGAAUACGUAUUGAAUUCAUUGGUCAAAUUGAAGUUUAUUACGACCGUGGAAAUCAACACGAUUUUAUAUCAUUAGUGAAAGAACUGGCUCUACCGGGCAUUCUAACUGAAAGUAAAAGUUUUCAUUUCGAUUUCCAACAAGUCGAAAAGCCAUACGAAUCUUAUGUUGGUACUAACGUGAAAUUAAGAUAUUUUUUGCGAGUAAUAAUCGUGAGACGAUUAACGGAUAUUGUGCGCGAGAUGGAUAUAAUUGUUCAUGCUUUAUCAGCUUAUCCAGAUACGAAUAAUAGUAUUAAGAUGGAUGUGGGUAUUGAGGAUUGUUUACAUAUCGAAUUCGAGUACAAUCGUUCCAAAUAUCAUUUGAAAGACGUCAUAGUUGGGAAGAUUUACUUUUUGCUGGUAAGAAUAAAGAUUAAAUAUAUGGAGAUAGCCAUCAUAAAACGUGAAACGGUUGGAUCAGCACCGAACGUUUUCAACGAAAAUGAAACAAUAGCGAAGUAUGAAAUUAUGGACGGAGCACCUGUUAGAGGUGAAUCGAUCCCAAUACGGCUUUUCUUGGCUGGCUAUGAUUUGACGCCAACAAUGCGCGAUGUGGCAAAAAAAUUCUCAGUUCGAUAUUAUUUAAAUUUGGUUUUGGUUGAUGAAGAGGAUCGACGAUAUUUCAAACAACAAGAAAUGAGUCUGUGGCGAAAGGCGGAUCGUAUAACGAGACAUGUGGUUGUAGAGGAGGGUACCGACGGGGCAUCUUCCAAUAAUACUGCAGCUAAUAUCAAAGAUAGUGCGACAACGAGCAAUAUCAAUAGUAAUUCACCAUCAGCAAAUAUUGCUAGUAGUGGUACUGCUGAAAAUGAGUAA